UGAUUUGCUUGUUGCUAUCCUACCCAAUUGUUGGCAUUCUUAAAAAAAGGGCUGAUGCUUAAUAGCGUUUCCAUCCAAGACUAGACAUUUCUUGGGGUUUUUCCAGCUCUUUCCUACACAACCGCACACAAAUCCAACGGCAUAAUCAACGGCGACGAAGAGAACGAAAGCAAUCAAUCUGUUUGUUGUUGGAAGGCUGUAACAAUAUCAUUGACAGAUCAAAUUAACCUCCCAACGUUUCGUUUUCUCAAAACAUAACUUCCCCAACCCCCGAAUUGCAUAUUUCAAAGACACAAUUGUUCCUCUCUGUUUUCCAUCAACUGAAAUACCAAAACCUAUUUUUCGUUGUCCCUUGUAGACCUGAAAAUGGAGUUUCAGAGAUCAGCACUGAGAAUCUUCUUAGGGUUUCUGGUGGUGUCUCUGAUACCUUCAACCCUGGCGAGAUUUGUGGUGGAGAAGAACAGCUUGAGGGUAACGUCGCCGGAGAGCAUCAAAGGCACGCAUGACAGUGCCAUUGGGAACUUUGGAAUACCUCAGUAUGGGGGCAGCAUGGCUGGAGUUGUGGUGUACCCAAAGGAGAACCAAAAGGGUUGCAGAGAUUUCGAUGAGUUCGGGAUUUCGUUCAAGUCGAAGGCCGGUGCUCUACCGACCUUCGUUUUGGUCGAUCGUGGAGAUUGCUUUUUCUCUUUAAAGGUCUGGAAUGCCCAGAAAGCUGGGGCUUCUGCAGUUCUUGUCGCAGAUGACAUUGAGGAAGCAUUGAUAACCAUGGACACUCCUCAAGAGGAUGCUGCCACUGCAAAAUACAUUGAAAACAUAACGAUACCAUCUGCGCUCAUUGAAAAAAGUUUUGGUGAAAAAUUAAAGAAAGAAUACAAAGCUGGGGAAAUGGUCAAUGUGAAUCUUGACUGGAGAGAAGCUGUUCCACAUCCUGAUGAUCGUGUGGAAUAUGAACUAUGGACCAACAGCAACGAUGAAUGCGGGGUUAAAUGUGACAUGUUGAUGGAAUUUGUGAAGGAUUUCAAGGGUGCAGCACAAAUACUUGAGAAAGGUGGUUACACUCAAUUCACGCCCCAUUAUAUAACUUGGUACUGUCCCCAGGCAUUCACCUUAAGCAAACAGUGCAAGUCCCAGUGUAUCAAUCAUGGAAGAUAUUGUGCUCCUGAUCCUGAACAAGACUUCAGCACGGGUUAUGAAGGGAAAGAUGUGGUUCUUGAGAACCUAAGGCAGCUAUGUGUUUUUAGAGUGGCAACUGAGACCAAAAAGCCUUGGGUGUGGUGGGACUACGUAACUGAUUUUCAAAUCAGAUGUCCUAUGAAAGAAAAAAAAUACAACAAGGAUUGUGCAGACUCUGUCAUUAAAUCACUUGGUAAAGUAAUUUUAUCAUAUCACCUUAUAAAAAUAAUACCAAUACUUAAUGAUGAAUGGUUUUUAAGUGGUCCAUGUGAUGCCUGCUCAGGUCUCGAUAUAAAAAAGAUUGAGAAGUGCAUGGGGGACUCAAAUGAUGAUUCUGAAAAUCCAGUUCUAAAAGAAGAGCAAGAUGCGCAAGUUGGGAAAGGAUCGAGAGGUGAUGUAACCAUAUUGCCUACCCUUGUUGUCAAUAACCGACAGUAUCGAGGGAAGUUGGCAAAAGGUGCAGUCUUAAAGGCCAUCUGUUCUGGUUUUGAGGAAACUACCGAACCAGCUGUUUGUUUGAGUAGUGAUGUGGAGACAAAUGAGUGCUUGGAAAAUAAUGGUGGUUGCUGGCAAGACAAAGCUGCCAAUCUCACAGCCUGUAAGGAUACAUUUCGUGGGAGGGUAUGCGAAUGCCCCUUGAUGGAUGGUGUGCAGUUCAAAGGAGAUGGUUAUACCACUUGUGAAGCAAGUGGGCCUGGCAGGUGCAAUGUAAAUAAUGGAGGUUGCUGGCAUGAAUCUCGAGAUGGACACACAUUUUCUGCAUGUUCGGAUAAUGGGGAGGUAAAAUGCCAGUGUCCUCCAGGAUUUAAAGGUGAUGGUAUCAAAAGUUGUGAAGAUAUAGAUGAAUGUAAAGAGAAAAAAGCCUGUCAGUGCCCUGAUUGUAUCUGCAAGGAUACCUGGGGGAGCUUUGACUGCACUUGCACUGGAGAUCUCUUAUAUAUCAGGGACCAUGAUACCUGCAUUAGUAAGAGAUCCAGGGAGACAAAAUCUGCUUGGGCUGCAGUUUGGGUCAUAUUGAUAGGCUUGGCUAUGGCUGCUGGUGGGGCAUAUCUUGUGUACAAAUAUAGAUUACGGUCAUACAUGGAUUCAGAAAUCAGAGCUAUCAUGGCACAGUAUAUGCCUCUAGACAGUCAAGCUGAAGUACCAAGUCAUGUCAAUGGGGAACAUCCAUGAAAUUGAAAAAUCCGUCCUCCAUUUUUCUUGAGGAUUCAGGUAAAGCUGCCUUGGUACACCCAUCUUUAUCCAGUCGUGAAUUUUGAGAGUGGAUCGAUCUUAUGUUCUUGUGUAUUAUACAGGACAAAACAAUACUAGGGAGGAUAAUCUUUCAUUUUAUUUGUUAGUUGUACAACAUGCUGAACAUUAUUAAGAUAAGCAGAUUGCAAAGCC